AUGGGUCGUCGACAUAGAAGAUCAAAAGUGACUCGUGUCGUGAAUCUUGUCAAGAAAAUCAUCGCAUUCUUCUUCUCACACAUUGGAUUGUGUGCUCUUGUUGUUGGAUAUGCUCUUCUUGGAGCAGUCAUUUUCAAGGCAGUUGAAGGUCCGCAUGAAGCAGAGAUCCAAGCCCAAGUGAAAGCAGCUCGCGAGAGAGCUGUGGAUGUAGUUUGGAAUGCAACAUUCCGAGUGAAUCGAUUGGAUUCAAAACAGUGGAAAAAUACUGUAUUAGAUGAGGUAAAAGUUUUCAAAACAGUUUGCAUGCAAUCAAUUCGAAAAGGUUAUGAUGGAAAGGAAUACGGUAAACAGGCUCAAUGGACAUUCACUGGUGCCUUCCUCUACAGUCUUACUGUCAUCACAACUAUUGGAUAUGGAAACACUGCAGCGAAAACUUAUAUUGGGAAGACGUUGACUAUGCUUUACGCCAUAAUUGGUAUCCCACUCAUGCUUCUUUUUCUGACCAACAUUGGAGAUGUGAUGGCAAAAAUAUUCAGGUUUCUCUACGCUCAGUCUAUACGUCUAAAGUUCCGACUCAUUCUCUGGCAUAAAAAGAGGAAAGCGGCAAAAAUCAGAAGAGCAAACAGUUUGGUUUCUCGAUUGACAAGAGGGCAUCGUGUCAAAACUGAUUCAUCAGUUGACUCUUUCGGAUUGGGUGCUGGUGCAGAUGUUGAAGAUUUGUUAACUGCUCGAGUGGAGAUGGAACAGUUAGAGGUCCGAGAAACAGCGGCUGCUCAGCUGGAAAGUGUGACUGUUCCAAUUUCAUUGGUCGUUUUCACAAUGCUUGGAUAUUUGGGAGUUGGAACAACUAUUUUCAAAGUUUGGGAAGGAUGGACAUUCUUGGAGAGCUUCUAUUUCUGUUUCAUUUCACUCACAACCAUUGGAUUCGGAGACAAGUUCCCAAGCACAUCUGUCAGUAAUACGGAUGAAGCACAGGAGAAGUUAGUGAUAACCAGUAUCUAUCUACUAUUUGGAAUGGCUCUCCUCGCCAUGUGCUUCAAUUUGGCUCAAGAAGAAGUUCAGAACAAAACUAGAUGGAUUGCAGACAAAUUCAGAUCUAAAGAUGAUGAUGAUGACUAA